AUGUCUAAUCCGAAAAAUGGCAGCGCGUACGGCGCACCCGCUGGCGAUACCGAUUUUCGUAAGACUUGGGACCUCGAUGAAUAUGCGGAAAAAGCAAAGGAGCGCGAAGCCAAGGAGAAAGAAGAGGGCAAGGCCAGGUACGAGGCGAAGAUGGCUGGGAAGAAAUACUACAAACCCAUGACUGGCGACGAGACAUAUACCUCCGCGCGCCGAACUGUCAUAGAUUUCACUGGCCAAGUGGGAAAAAUACAGCUGGUUGGUGCCGGCGCAGGUGUCGGAAAGCGCGGUCGCGGCGCGGGAUUCUACUGCGAGGCGUGCGACCUCACGUUCAAGGAUAAUCUGCAGUAUAUUGAACAUCUCAACACGACGCAGCAUCUUUUGAAUGCUGGCCAGACGACCGAAGUGAGACGCGCUACCGUGGAGGAGGUUCGGGAUCGGAUCACGUUUUACGUUAAACAAAGAGAGGAACUAGAGAAGGCCAAGGUUACUAGUCUUCAAGAACGACUGCAAAUACGAGAAGAGGAAAACGAAAAAGAGGCAGAAGAGAGGAGGAAGAAGCGCCGUGACGAAGCGGAAAAGCGGAGAUUGGAAAAAGAAGAGGCAGCCAAAGUUAAAGUUGAAUAUGGCGAGGAUGUAAGGAUAGAAGGCGAGCAUGAAGAGGACGACAUGAUGGCGCAAAUGGGCUUUACUGGGUUUGGCACGUCAAAGAAAUGA